AUGAACAACACCAUUAACGGCUUCGCGACGGGCGGUCUUCAGGCGAUGCAGGGCUUGCAGGGGUACCCAGGGCAGGGUAUGGCGGGACCCGGGACGCCUCUCCAGGCUCAGCAACGCCUCGACGCCUCGUCCACCUCCUCAACUCCUUUCGCCUUUCCCGGCGCGCCAGGCGGCGCGCCAGUCGCCUUUCCGCCUCAGCCAGUGCUGCAGCCGUCCUCUGCGAUGACGCCGACUCAGCAGGCGUUGCUCUUGCGGAGUCAGCAGACCGCGAGGUCGGCGCCUGGUGCACCACCUCUGGCUAGUUCGAGCAACGCUGCACCACAACCAACGCCGCCGGUCGCUGCGCCAGAGAUCCCGCACGACGGAGGUCCGCCCUUCAGGGUCGCCCCUCACCGCGCCUUCACCCGCGUCCGCGAGACUGAUCCCGGCGAACCCUUUCCCAACAUCGCUUCCGACGACCAGCGACGCGCGAAGAAGUGGAUCGAGCGGGACGCUGUGUAUGAGGACGAGCUUGUGGCGGCGAAACAUGGUUUCAGGCGCGACAUGGGCGCGUUCAUGGAGGAGGUUGUGAGGGAGCAGGACUGGCUCGGGCCGGUUAUGGACCCGCAGAUGUCGCGCGGCCAGUUCCGCUUGCGGUUCGGCGAGGACAAGGUCAAGGAAGAGGCGAACGGGAAACGCGGUCAGCUGCGACGGCCAAUCCCUCUAUCCAAACCGUACCUGCGGUCAGUCGCGACAACGCCGGAGGUUCUGAUACCUAUCCGUCUUGAGCUCGAAUCCGACAUGUACAAGCUUCGCGACACAUUCACCUGGAAUCUUCGAGAGCCGACUAUCACGCCCGAGAUCUUCGCCUCCCACCUCUGCGCCGACCUCCGCCUUCCCACCAACCCCUUCUUCAACGACAUCGUCGCGACCGUCAAGAGGCAGCUUGCGGACGCGCAGCUGAGCGCAACGUACGAGGGACAUCUCGGCGCGUCCUUCGAGAACGUGCGGGAGGAGAACAGAGUCUGGUUCGAAAAGCGGUUGAGCAAGAGGAGGCGGAUUGAGAAGGCCACGGAGGAGGAGGAGGAGGAGGAGGAAGAGGCGCCCAUGCUGGCUACGGAGCUACAAAUGAACGGAUCGGCACCGACGGACGAGAUGCGUGUGGUGAUCAAGCUUGACAUCACGCUCGAUUCGAUCCAGCUCGUCGACAAGUUCGAGUGGGACAUUAGCAAUCCUCACAACUCGCCGGAAGCGUUCGCGGAGGCGUUCACGGCCGAACUCGGCUUGACUGGCGAGUUUCGCACGGCAAUCGCGCACUCUAUCCGAGAGCAAGUCGAAUUCUACACCAAGUCGCUUUGCAUUCUCGGCUGGUCGAAAGGCCUCGUCAUCGGCGAUGAAGACCUGCGGCGCGACUUCCUGCCUUCGGUGUCCGAUCCGUUCCGCACCGACACAGCCGACGACUACACGCCUCUACUGAACCAGCUCCAAGCUGAGGAGGUCGAACGGCACGAUCGCGAGCACGAGCGUGAGAUCCGGCGGAAACGUCGCCAGACCAAGGGUCGCGGCGUCACCUUGCCCGACCGCGAACCCGUCCACACGCAUCGCACGCUCGUCCCUCGUCCGCUACCCGGUCAAGUCGCGCCGCAGUACGACGACCGCGGCAACAAGAUCUUCCCGCAACCCGAGCUCUCCCUCCCGUACCCCCUUGUCGCCAAAGCGUACCCGCCGAAGCCCGUCAACGUCGAGACGAGCACGGCGUCGCCUCUUAAGAUGCUGCCGACGAAGGAUAAGGCGGCGGGAGUAGGAGGUCUCGCAGCGACUGCUGCCGCGAACCGGUUCAAGAAGGGUCAGGCUGGCGAUGGCACCGAGUCUCCGGCGAAGAAGAAGCGGCUGCCAGGAAGAGUCGACCCAGAAGCCCUCGGCUUGCACGAGCACAUCAUUGAGGGAAAGUGGUACUGCGCAAACUGCGGCGUACCGGCGAGCAUCGCAGUUGGCCGUCGCAAAGGGCCGACCGGCAAGGACAGCUUGUGCGGGACCUGCGGCAAGUAUUUCCAUCGCCACAAGCGCCAACGACCCUGCGUAUACACCCGCGACCCUGAGACGCAUAUGCGGUACAAGGCGGAAGAGGAUGCGAAGAACCCGAAACCGAAGCGAGGCAAGGCGUCGCACGCCGCCGCUUCCGCACACGACCUGCUCGACCCCCUUGGGUCAGCUCGUACAAGCGGGCGAGCGACACCGGUCUCGCAAGCCUUGUCGCCUGUAUCGUCGGCUCACGACGAGGAUGACUCGGACGAGGAAGAGUCUGUCGUCUCACGCCCUGGCAGACGCAGGCGGCCGGCUCACUAUGGCUCGCCAGACACGCCGUUUGUCCACUUCGACACGGACAAUUCGGACGAAGACUCGGUCGAAGCAGCGUCCCCUCCGGCGACCAGGCUUCGCCGCGACUUGUCAGCCGCCGCCAGCCCGCCACCUUCGUCUCGCGCAACGCCGUCAGCUCCUCCGAGGGCGCAUGCGGUGCCGCCUGCUGUCCCCCAGGCUCCGCCUCCUCCUCCCGAGUGGCUCAACAAGGCGGCGGCAGACUUGCGAGCCCGACAGGUGGACGACCGAUUCGACAUCAUCCCGCGUCCACGGCCUGCGGACCCUUCGGUCCAAGACUGGCGGAUACGCUGCCUCGACUGCCCUGGCAAGCUCUACACCCUUGGGCCAGGCGAGACGCUCGACGGCUUCACCGUCCACUUCAAGAAUCGCAAUCACCGCGCAAAUGUAGAAGCACGCCUUGCGCGCGAGCGACAGCCAUGA